AUGAUCGCGAUUAGUGCGAACACUCAUCAGAUAACGAUAGUCGCAUUCGCGCUCGCUUCCGAUAGCGAAUUGGAAGCCCCAGACCACGGUACCAACCCUAGUUUCCCAUACAGCAGAAGAGAAGACAGUAUCUUUACCCUUCAAGCGACAAACAAUGUUCCCGCAGUAUCAUUCUACGGUGACUCCGGUCGCUGGCUUCUGAGCAGCUGCAUUGAUGGCAAGACAUCGAUGUGGGAUUUGUACACCAAGAAAGAGGUGGCUACAUUCCAGUUAGGCUGGUGCGCUAGCGCAAGCGAUCUCUCGAAGCCGCCUCGUUACAUAUCUCACAGAUUCCUGUGCGACUGUCCGGGCGCGCAAAAUGUUCUCCACGGGGCAUGGGGUACUAUAGCGCUGGACACGCGAUCCGCAUACGAGUUACCGUUAGACGAAGGCAUGACUGCGAGUUCGACAUGUAGCUCGAGCGACUUCCUAGAUAUCUCCGACCAGAAGAAACGGUUCAAAGUUUCCGAAACCACCUCUCAUCAAUACCAUCCCGACACAGACGACGAAGAGGACAGUACAGAUGACGAAGAAAUCGAAGUAGUCAGUGAAGCGAACGAGACAGACAACGACGAAGAAGAUAUUGAUCCGAAUCACCAGCUUCUCGGGAUGACGUUUGAGGAGUUGGCUCAAUCUAUACCCGAGCUGGGCAUCUUCAUAGUCGGAUCUCCGGCCGGUCGUGUCGGCGUCUUCAGUCUGUACUAUACUAGAGACAAGAACACUGGGGAGCCGCGGUAUGGCUUCAAACUUGAAUACCUUCUGCCGUUCCGGUCAGGUAAUGAGACAGAGAUAGCAGGAGGGCCGAAUGAACGGCUGCUUGGUGUGGCUGUAGCGCCUGUACAAGGCAUGUUCGACCCUUCAGAAGAUAUCGAAGUACCUGAUCAAGAGGGGUUCACUAAGCCUCGCCGAUGGCGCUUAUUGAUGUACUACAUGGAUCAUACUGUAUUGAGCUUUGAGUUAUCGAAGCGGACGGUGGGUGAGUCGCCAAGCUUGGAUGAUAUGGUCGUUUAG